GAGACAGCACCACGAGGGGCCUGAGCGGGAGGGGUGCGGCGGCGGGCGCUCCGGGGAGACCAGGGCAGCUGAUGGUUGUGAGAGAAGUAUCUUAAGGUAGCUGGGCCUGGCCCCCUUCCCCACCCACCUCCUGUCCUCCCCCACCCUCACCACCACCCUGGCUCCCUUCCCUCAUGACCGCCUGGAUCCUCCUUCCUGUCAGCCUGUCAGCGUUCUCCAUUACUGGCAUAUGGACUGUGUAUGCCAUGGCUGUGAUGAACCGCCACGUGUGUCCUGUGGAGAACUGGUCCUACAAUGAGUCCUGCUCUCCUGACCCCACUGAGCAAGGGGGCCCCAAGAUCUGCUGCACCCUGGACGAUGUUCCCCUCAUCAGCAAGUGUGGCACAUAUCCCCCAGAAAGCUGCCUCUUCAGCCUCAUUGGCAACGUCGGUGCCUUCAUGGUGGCUCUGAUCUGCCUCCUACGCUAUGGGCAGCUCCUGGAGCGGAGUCGCCACUCCUGGGUUAACACCACGGCGCUCAUCACAGGCUGCACCAACGCUGCGGGCCUUGUGGUAGUCGGCAACUUUCAGGUGGAUCAUGCUAAGUCUCUGCACUACAUCGGAGCCGGUGUGGCCUUCCCGGCGGGGCUGCUCUUUGUCUGCCUGCACUGUGCCCUCUCCUACCACGGGGCCACUGUGCCCCUGGACCUAGCCGUGGCCCACCUGCGGAGUGUGCUGGCUGUCAUCGCCUUUGUCUUCCUGGUUCUCAGUGGGGUCUUCUUUGUCCAUGAGAAUUCUCAGCUGCAGCACGGGGCAGCCCUGUGCGAGUGGGUGUUUGUCAUCGACAUCCUUGUUUUCUAUGGCACCUUCAGCUAUGAGUUUGGGGCAGUCUCCUCAGAGACACUCGUGGCUGCACUGCAGCCCGCCCCUGGCCGGGCCUGCAAGUCCUCAGGGAGCAGUAGCACCUCCACACACCUCAGCUGUGCCCCUGAGAGCAUCGCCAUGAUCUGAGAUUUGGGGAGGGUGGCUGGCCCCGGCCCCAUCGCUCCCAACCCCACCUUCUUUGCAUUUAUUUUGUACCAAAAACACUUUUGAGAAAGUAUUAUGUUGGGAUGUGGCUUCCUUGCUCCCAGAGGAGUGGCCAUCCCACAUCCAUCUGUGCCACAGAGGAGCGGGAGGCCCUGCCAGCUGUCCAGCUGCUGCUCCCCCUACUCCCCACCCACGGGGUGGUUUGUGUUUUCAAAUCACCUGUCUUCACGCGCCCAGCCAACCCUUCAGGUGCCUUCUACUCCCCAGUUCUGAGGCAGGACCACUGGGGUUUCCUGCUGCAGGAAUAGGGGGCUGGGAAAGGCAGGAGGGAAAUCUGGUGGGGGAUGGGGGGCUGACCAUGCUUUAGUCUGGUAAGGCCCACUUCCAGGCCCACUGAGCUGCACCGAGAUUCUUCACUCUGCUCCUCACUUCCUUUAGGGCAAAUAACACAGCAGAACCACAUGGGUAUUUUAGUAGUUUUUUUUUAUAUCUAUUAAAAGAAUUCUAAUUUG